UAUUUUGUGUUUAUAAUUUUACAUAAAAGUGAAGCAUUUAAAUCAUUUAACUUGUUUGUUUGCAAAUCCUCGGUGCAACAUUUUCAUAUUAUAAUACGCGUCUGAUCAUGCUUUGACAACCUUUCCCACUGCACAGCGUUCAUAAAUCUCCCAACUCAUCUUUCCUCCAGAUAAGAUGGAGGAGAAUAAAGCACCUCAGAAACGAGUCUACAUCAGUCUUCCAAAGAUACACAUGGCUAGUUUGGCUGAACAUUAUGAACUGGAUCAUGGAUUGGUUAUAAAAGAUCUGAACCCUUACUUAAAUGAAGGAUACAUACAGGCUUACUUCAGAGAAUGGGGAACCAUCACAGCAUGUAAGAUUAAGAAGACCUCUAACAAAAGUGGGCUAGCCUAUGUGAGAUUUUCUGCUGAGGAAGAAGCAGACAGAGCAGACUGGGCUGGUCCUCACAUUCUUGGAGGCUCUGAAGUGGAGGUGAAACGAAUUAUGGAGGAGGAUUCAGAUGAGAAGGCCAAAGCAAUCACCACUUUGCCUCGACCACGGCGUUCAAUGGGUCUGGGCUACUUACUCGAAGAUGCUCAGUGGUUGGAUGAUAACUAAUGACCUGAAUAAACAAAUACUCUGCAACUUUUUCUUUCUAUUUAAAAUUCUAAAUAGAUGUAUACAUUGUAGUGGAAGAAACCCAGGAGCAUAGGAAAAAGUUGCAUUAUUUCGAAAAUGCUGUGGUGGAGGAGGCAGCCUUUCCCACCACCUAUGAAAGGAAAUGGACAUUUUUGGA